AUGUCCUCCUCCCAAUCCUCUGCUCUGCCAGACGAGACGCUGCACCGUAUUCUCACUCAGAUCCAGCUCAGCCUCACCCAGUCCACCCGCCAAUUGUCGCUGGUAAAGGCACAAAAGGCCGCAAGGGAGAGGGAGAAGAAGGGCGUGGAGCUGACCAGGUUGGGCAUAAAGGAGGAGACGGACUUGGGCGCAAAGAGCUGGAGGGGAGUUGGUAAGAUGUUCAUCCUCGACUCCCCACCAGCCAUCAUCUCAUCACUCGCAGAGCAGGAAAAGUCGAUACAGGUGGACAUUGACGCUCUCAGCAAGAAGCAGAAGUUCCUCGAGAAGCAGAUUGCAGAGUCACAGGGCCAUAUGAAGGACUUCUUCAGGGGGAUUGAGAUGGGACAACAGCAGCAGCAAGCAGGCCAGACCACAGCAGCAUCGUGA